AUGGUGAGCUCCCUACAGCAGCAGCUCACUCACGGGCCAGAGGAGUGUCCCGGAGGCUGGACGCGCCACCUGGACACCUGCUACCUGGUCACGGCGACCAAUUCGAGCUGGUACGAGGCGCAGUAUCAGUGCGGGACGCUGCACCGUCGCGCGCAGCUGGCCAUCGUGCCGCCGUCGGCCGGUGAGCUGACCGAGCGGAUGGUGACCGACACGGUCAGCGGCACCCGCGGAGCCUGGAUCGGCAUGACGCGUCUGCAGGAGUCGGACGACACGUUCGGCUGGAUCGACGGCACGCAGCCCGUGGCCACGCGCUUCAGCCCCAACGAGCCCAACGGCGACGGCGACUGCGUGCACAUCUGGGGCCCGGAGCCGGGCUGGACCACCGAAGGCGGCGUGGCGCACGGCUGGAACGACCUGCCCUGCCACUACGGCCUGAACAUUCUCUGCGAGAUUCAGCUGAAGUAA